AUGUAUCCAAGUUACAGAAUUUCAAAUGAUGAAAAGGAUAUGAAACAUACUGAUGGUGGGGAAAAAAUGAGCCCAUCGAAACUGUAUUUUCAAAUUGAUAACAUAACGGAAGAGAAUAAUAUAAACAACGAAGAUGAUGUAAGAAGAACCUUAGAACCGUUGCCUUACGUGACGGCGUGUUUGUUUGCUACCGUCUUGGAAGAUGCUAUUACUACAAUGCGCAUUCUCGGAGAAUGUAACAACUCGCUUCGCGUAACAAAAACAAUGGCAGAUAUGGACGAACUGCUUGCGCUCAAGUUUUCUGUCGCCCCGGCACCCGUUAGUGAUCCUCUGCAGAAGAUUAAACCUUCCGACUUAGAACGCGGAGAGUAUAAACUGAACAAAUUGGAGACGGAUCGGAACUUCUUGCUCAACGUGCUUACGUCUACGUAUCUUGACUUGUCGCUGAAAAAGCGCUACCAAGCUUUAAUGGACUACGCGGACCAGAUGAUUGGUCGCGAAAAAUAUUUCUUAUCGCUGUUGGAAGAUGAAACGAGGAAUCGAACAGCUCGCCGCGAAUUAAACAGACAGAUCCGUCAGCAGCGCGUCCACGUAAAGUCCGUCACAUAUGACACCGAUAUGGCCAUAGAGAAGCUGAAAACGCAAGUGGAAGUAAGUGUUAACAAACCUUUAAAUUGCCGCAAAAGAUGUGAGUGCCAGGAUGCAGCCUUACACACGGAGAUUCAAACCCGCUACGUAGAGAACUGGGAGCGUUCUCGCACGGAGCAACACCAACAGAACAUAGCCGACAAGGAGUCGCCGGCCUCUAAUACCAUCGAAUCCUACAAAAUGCGUAUCGAUCACGAGCAGAGAGUACACAGCGAGUUUGAGCUGCUGACCAAUAUUAUUAUUAACGAAACUCUGAACAAGGUAGAAAAUUGGAUGGACAAAUACGACAAGGAUAUGGAAGCUAUGGACUUGAAAAUACAAAUAAUGAGAUCCGAUUAUGAAAACACCUUGGAAGAGAGGUUGAAGCUCGAGGAGACGCUGAAGAAGCACGCCAAUCUAAUGAAAGAAUGGGUGCAAUUCAAAGAAGAUCGCGAAAAAGCGCGCCAAUAUCGUGAACGCAUGUUUAACGCUGCAGUGGUCGUGCAGGCCUGGUGGAGAGGCCUGCUGGUGAGGCAGAAGCUCGGCCCGUACAGGGUGGUGAAGAAAAAGAAAACUGCCAAGAAGUAG